AUGGCAGCCUUUGCUGUGAGCUAUGCGGUAUCUCCAGGAGCCUCCCAGGCCUUGCGCGGAGCCCCAACAUUGGCCAAGGCUUCAGCGCCCAAGGAGACGCCAACAUUGUCUGGCACAGGCUCCGCCGUAGUUGGUGCGGGCGUUUUGGGCGCCUUAGCCUUGUCGGCCAAGAGGUCCCGCACGUCGAAGUCGCUCCGUGCCCGAGGUGGAGAUGUGGUGGAGACGCUUCCGACAACAGAGAUCAAUUACUACAAGCUUGACAGCAUCAACACCACGCAGAUUCUGGCCUCUAUGCGGUGCGCUCUGAAGGCCAUGCGCGCCAGCUUUCACGGCGAGAAGCCUGCGGAGGAGAAGAUGAAGGAUGCCCUAUGCAAUGAGGACGUCCGCUUCGCAUUGGUAUCCCUAUCGCGACUUCCCGUCUUUUCCCACGACUUUGGUCUCGCCUUCAAGGACGAUCUCGACCUGCUUCAUACAUUGAAGCAGCUGAAGUACUUCUGGAACCUGCCCCAAAGUCAAUUGGCGAUCCUCAUGGCCAACUUGGCGAGGCGCCUGGACCCCCAAGCCUCGGCCGACUUCAGCGCUUUUACCGAGCAUCUGUGCCAGUCCGCCUCGCAUCUUCGAGCCGUCAAGGAAGUGAGCAAGGAGCUUCCGGAGGAGGUCCACGCGGAGUACAUGAAGAACGCUGCCUACUUGGAGGAUGCUGAUGCGCACGCAGUCUACCCCACCUCCAUCUACAGGCAGUGUGAUGCGCUGACCCUGGCGACUCAAGAUGCCUCCACCAUAGAGGCAGUGAUGAGCACGACCAUCACCACCACUAUCAAGAUUGCUCGCAAGGUCCUCGACCCUUCGAAUCAUCUGCUCUUCGACGUAUACAAGCCAUUGGGCCGUUGCGUCGCUGUGGUGGAUGACAAGGUGGAUGAGCAUUACGGUGACGAGAUCGAUAACUACUUUGCCAGCCACAACAUUGAGUUCACCAAGCUCGUCUUCAGCGGAAACGAGGUGGAUAAGGGCAUCGAGGAUGUGGAGCGGAUCUUGGUUGCCAUGAAGAAGUAUUCCGUCGGCCGCCACGAGCCCCUUCUGGUCAUCGGCGGCGGAGUGAUCGCAGAUAUUGCAGGCUUUGCCACAUCCCUGUACUCCAGAAACACGCCGUACGUCAUGCUCUGCACGUCAAUCGUCUCUGGCAUUGACGCUGGCCCAUCGCCUCGAGUUUGCUGCAACGGCUAUGACUACAAGAACCUCUAUGGUUCCUACCACCCGCCAGUGCUCACCAUCACGGACAGGGGCUUUUGGAAGACCCUCCACCCUGGCUGGCUUCGUCAUGGUGUUGCGGAGAUCAUCAAGAUGGCAGUCAUGAAGGACCUGUCACUCUUCGAGUUGCUGGAGAAGCAUGGUGUCCGAGCUGUGCAAACAAAGUUCGGCACAGAAGGUGACAGUGUCGAUGAUGCUGAGUUCCAGGAUGUCUGCGACCUCAUCGUCGGAAAGGCUAUGGAAGGGUACGUGCGCUCAGAGUAUGGCAAUUUGUGGGAGACCCAUCAGUGCCGACCCCAUGCCUACGGCCACACUUGGUGUCCUGGCUAUGAGCUCCCAGCCGGAAUGCUACACGGCCAGGCGGUGGGCACUUGCAUGGGCUUCGGGGCUUACCUCUCUUGCGUGGAAGGCUGGGUGUCAGAGCAGGAGAUGCAUCGGGUCCUGAAGGUGAUCUCGGACUGCGAGCUUUCCUUGUACCACCCCGUCAUGGAUGAUGACGCAAUGAUUUGGAAAACUCAGUUGGCAAUUGUGGAGAAGCGGGGUGGCAAUCUGUGUGCUCCGAUUCCAAAGCCCCUCGGCUACUCUGGCUACUUGAACGAUUUGUCUGAGGAGCAGCUCAUCCAGAGGAUGCACGAGUACAAGGACCUGGUGUCCAAGUACCCCCGUGGUGGGCGCGGUGUUGAGGAGCACUGCAUUGACGUGGGCUUGGAGGACCCGCAAGCAAAGAAGCUUCAGAAGAGGGCAGAGGCAGAGGCCGGUCAAGCGGCCGUCCUUGCUGGGAAGCUCGAGCUUUUGGAGCAGCUGAGGCACGAAGGGCUGCUGAAUGCAGAGCAGUUUGACCUCAAGCACCAGCAGCUUGCAUAG